UUUCUAUAUGAAGUACACCUUAACUCAAAUGUCACCCAACAUGUCACUUUAACAACACAAAGUUUUACAAAAUAUUGUUGCAAUGUCUGAACAAAACCCUCCUUCUCUGCCACCUCCCCCAUCCCCACCAUUAGGAUCCCAAACGUUUCGACCCACAUCGAGACAAAUUCUCCAACCGGCUGGUUUCCCGUACAAGCGAUUUUCAGAUGAACCCGAUAUGCUUGUCCCUAUUCCCAGUAUAAUCUUGCCUCAACUUCAGGAAACCGAAAAGCGGUUUUUUGAAUUGGUCGGUUCAGGUGAUGUAAUAGUCGUCAAAGAAUAUUUAGACCAACAUCCCAACAUCAACAUAAACUGUACUAACUUCCAAGGAGUCACGGCCCUCCUAGUAGCCGUACAAGCCCAUUUCGAUGGCAUGGUAGAGUACCUUUUGACCCAACAAGGCAUCGACAUAGGUGAUUGUGUCCUACACGCAGUCAAAGAUAACCAACCCAGUAUAUUAACAAUGUUGCUAGAUAAAUUAAGCGUGACUGCACCCAGUUUGGAAUACGUCGGAGUAACGCAUAGCUCAGAUUUUCCUGACUACGUAACUCCUCUAAUUCUAGCAGCUCAAUGUGGUCAUUAUGAAAUUAUUAAAAUGCUUAUCGAACGAGGUCAUACCAUUAGUAAACCGCAUCCGCCAUCUUGUAGGUGUUCAGAGUGUAAAAUGCAUUUGGAACACGAUGAUAUCCUUCAUUCUGAAAGCCUAAGAUUGAACCUCUACAGGGCUGUAGCAAAUCCAGCUUAUCUUUGUUAUUCAAGUCAUGAUCCUAUACUAGCGGCUUUUCAGCUGUCUAAAGAACUUACGGAUUCUUCAUUUUUAGUACCAGAAUUCAGAGUGGCUUACAAAGAGCUAGCAGCUGAAGUCAGUAUGUUUGCGGUUGAUGUAAUAGCAUGCGUGCGCAGUACCACAGAAAUGGAGCUUAUACUCGUUCAAAGCGCUGGGAUAGAUUCACCGCAUCGAUUCAUUUUCCCUAGAUUGUUUCUCGCUAUGGACUACAAACAGAAGACUUUUGUAGCACAUCCAAAUACUCAACAAAUUGUCGAAGCAUUUUGGUCUGGUGACUGGCAUACGUACAAAUUAAAACCAAUAGUGCUCAAGUUGUUCUAUCCUGUUGGUCGAGCAUUCAUGCUACCGGUGAUUGCUUUAAUGAGCAUCGUUAUGCCUAAUAAUGCUAUGGUGAAGCAUUGGAGCAUCCCUUUGAACAAAAUGAUCAGCCACAUUGCUUCAUACAGCGCGUUUUUAAUUGUAAUUUUUCUGGAAUCUAAUAUGGAUAAAACAAAACAAAAAAGAAGACCUCCGAGUUCAGGAUUGGAACCCGUCAUAAUAAUUUUUGUUGCCGGUAAUAUCUGGAAUACUCUAAGAAUGAUCAUUCUUCUAGGUCCAAAUAGGUUUUUUAAAAGCCUUUGGAACUGGCAUUCGCUUUUAAACAAUCUGUUGUUUAUUUUAACAUUUCUAUUUUGGUUGGCUUCUUAUUUCGAUGCCAAAAAUAACGACCAAGUGGAUCUGGAAAGAAAAUACUGGCAUCAUUUGGAUCCAAUACUGAUAGCGGAAGGUUGUUUCGCUAUAGCUACUGUCAUGGCUUUCUUUAAACUCAUGUUCUUCUGCAGAUUGAACUACUACAUGGGACCUUUGCAGAUAUCUCUAGGCAAGAUGUGCGCUGAUUUAGCCAAAUAUAUAAUUAUCUUUACGAUAGUUAUUAUUUCUUUUUCUGCUGGUUUGUGUAGGUUUUAUCAAUAUUACGAUGGUAUGGUACAAAUAGACGAUAACCAAAUCAAAACUCAACAGGUGUCGUCGUUCGUAAGCUUUGCUACUACUUUGAAAACGUUUUUUUGGGCGAUACUUUGUAUGGCUCCACUAGAAUCAGCUGAUGUAGUAAUAGAGAAUCUACCAGGAGAAACACCUGAUACAACCAUCAUCAAUUCUCACGAGUUUACAGAAGCUGUUGGGUAUAUAGCCUUCGCUCUGUUCGAAGUCUUAAUAGUAAUUAUGAUUCUAAAUAUGUUGAUCGCUACGAUGUCAGCAACUUUUCAAAGAGUUAUAGAUAAUUUAGAUGUAGAAUGGACUUUUGGAAAGACAGAUUUUUAUCUGGAAUACAUGCUUCAAUCCACCAAUCCUUCUCCAUUUAAUCUGGUACCAACGCCAAAUGGUAUUGCUACUUUUAUGGAAACAUUGAACGGAUCUAAAUCUCAAUCGUCUAAGGGAUGUUGUAGAAUGGCUGACAAACCAUCAAUUGAUAAUAACAAAAUGAAUGAAAUUGAAUAUCCUGCUUUGAUGACUUCGUUGGUGCAAAGGUAUUUUAGAGAAAAAGAUAAUGCUGCGCAGGGAGCUAGUGAUAUUGAUUUGUUGAAGCAAGAUAUACACGAGUUGAAAAACCUACUGGCCCAAAUUGUUGAAGUGAAAUAAUAUUUGUUUUAAUUCUAUAUUGAGUGAACACUAAUAAAAACUCCUAUUUUUUAUUAUAUUAUUUAUAGGAUGAUAUUUAAUUUAAACAGAUUUACUUAUUUUUAUAAUCAUUUACAAUUUUAUAAUGUUAAUAUACACUUUUGUUAGAGAUA